AUGGCGCCUCGAAAUAUUCCGACUCCAGCUGUUUCUGGCACUCAGGCGACUCUUGGACCGUACCUGAUUCGACGCGCGACCGCAUCGUCAGCAGCCACCCCCGCGAAGCCGAAGCCCUCUUUGCACAGCAAGAAGCGUCCGUCAGCCAAGAUGGACGUGUCCAACCGCGUCGAGUCCGACGUGCUCAUGUCGAUCCUGCCUGUGCACUUGAACAACAUUGCCACGAGGCAAAAGAAUCACGAAUAUCGCAAAUACCGCCUGCAGGACGGCGUGGAGCGCCUCUGGUUCUACGAGACGCGUGGCACGCGCGAGGACCCUGGACGCGGCGCCAUCACUCAUAUUGCUACAAUUCCCCCGACAAUACGCCAUACGCCGGGCUCUGUGCCAGAGGAACCACACGGCAUUGGCAAUGCAGACUUUAAUGCGGGUCUGAAGAAGUCGAAAUAUGGCUAUCCGAUCCUGGAACUGUACGAACUAGUCAAGCCGCUCACAUUGGAUGAGAUGAGGAAAUCGUGGGGAUUGACUGCACCGAUGGGGUGGAGCUAUGUCAAAAAGGGCCUCUGGGAACAGCAAUGGGGGAAUGAGGACGGACGGGAACAGCGCCUGAAGAAGCUCUUUUAA